AUGGUGGCAACUUGGAGCAAAGGAGUAUUGCGUCCUCUUCUUCUUAUAAACUUCAUGAUGUAUGUUACUGUGCUAGGUCUGGCUGGUUGGUCCACUGAUAAGUAUAUCAACCACAACACUGCUCAUCAACGUAAAGGCAACAUUACUACGAUGUACUUACUGAUAUUCUCGCUAAUCGCCGGCGCGACGGGGGUGUGCGCGGUGGUGGCCGGACUGGUACAUGUUUGUGCAUGGCGUGGGGAUAGUUUGGCUUCUGCUGUGUCCUCCGCCCUCGUCUCUUGGGCCAUGACAACCAUUGCUUUUGGUCUUGCAUGCAAGCAAAUCAGUAUGAGAAAUCGACAUACAGACUUGAAAGCUUUGGAGGCAUUCAUCAUAAUUUUGACAGUGACCCAACUGAUCUAUCUCAUAAUGCUCCAUUUGGGCAUCUUCAGCAGCAGGUAUGGUGUGGGCUAUAGGAACUACUGCAUUAAUGCCCAAAUGAACAUGGAGCAGGAAACUCCAAAGGAUUCAGCAACUGUUGCAAGGCCUUAUGCUGCUUAG